GCUAAGGAGGAGACACCGGAGCCCCAGAACGCGCUGACGGAGAAGUUCACGGAGGAGGAAUGGAAGGCGCUCAAGGAGCUCAGGUCGCAACUCCCGGAUAUCUUCGCCGACGCGUAUGACAACAAGGAGGGCGCGAAGACGACGCCUAUCACGAUCUGGGGCGUCACCAUCGACCCCCAGAAUCCGACGUCCAGCGCCAAGGUCUCCGUCGUCCUCAUGAAGUUCCUUCGUGCGCGCAACCUGAACGCGGCGGAGGCGAGGGAGAUGAUCCGGCAAACCCUGCGUUGGCGGGACGAGUUCAAGAUCGACGAGGUCUUGAAGGAGGAGUUUGACCCGGAGGUGUACGGCAACAUCGGUCACAUAUUCGGCAAAGACAAGCUCGGCCAUCCUAUCAUCUACAACCUGUAUGGCGCAAACAAACAGGCGUUCGCGGAUGUUCCGAAAUUCAUCAGGUGGAGAGUCCAGUUCAUGGAGAAGGGCAUUCAGCUCCUCGACUUUGAGACCGUCGACCAGAUGGUUCAGGUCCAUGACUACGAGGGUGUCGGCAUGCGCGACCGUGACCAAAACUCGAAGAACGCCGCGAAAGAGGCGACCAACAUCUUCAGCUCGCACUACCCCGAGUUCCUCGCGCCGAACGGCAAGUUCUUCGUCAACGUGCCCACGAUGAUGGCCUGGAUCUUCUGGAUCUUCAAGCCUCUCCUUUCUGCGGCGACGCUAGCCAAGAUGCGCGUCGUAGGCAGCGGGCCAAAGGCCAUCGGGAAGGAGAUACUGCCCUUCGUGGACGCGAGUGAGCUCCCGAAGAGGUACGGCGGUACGGCAGAGGCCUUUUGA